UCGAUUUUCCAAGUUUUUUCAGGCCAAUAUGAGAAUUUUGGUAUCUGGGGGCGCUGGAUUUAUUGGGUCUCAUCUGGUUGACAAGUUGAUGGAAAACGAAAAGAAUGAGGUUAUUGUGGUGGAUAACUUCUUUACGGGUUCAAAAGAUAACCUAAGGAAAUGGAUUGGUCAUCCAAGGUUCGAGCUCAUUCGACAUGAUGUAACAGAAACAUUGCUCGUAGAGGUUGACCAGAUCUAUCAUCUUGCUUGUCCUGCUUCUCCCAUUUUCUACAAAUACAAUCCCGUAAAAACCAUAAAGACAAAUGUCAUUGGAACGCUAAACAUGCUGGGGCUUGCAAAGAGGGUCGGGGCAAGGAUUUUACUUACCUCAACUUCAGAGGUCUAUGGUGAUCCUCUUCAGCAUCCCCAAACAGAAGAAUACUGGGGAAAUGUCAACCCUAUUGGAGUUAGAAGUUGCUAUGAUGAGGGGAAGCGUGUGGCAGAGACUUUGAUGUUUGAUUAUCACAGACAGCAUGGUCUAGAAAUUCGAAUUGCCAGAAUUUUCAACACCUAUGGCCCACGAAUGAACAUUGAUGAUGGUCGUGUUGUUAGUAACUUCAUAGCUCAAGCAAUCCGGGGUGAACCAUUAACAGUUCAGGCUCCAGGAACCCAAACCCGAAGUUUUUGUUAUGUUUCUGACAUGGUUGAUGGUCUUAUUCGGUUGAUGCAAGGAGAGAACACUGGUCCUAUUAACAUUGGAAAUCCUGGUGAAUUUACAAUGAUGGAACUCGCUGAAACCGUUAAGGAGUUGAUCAACCCGGAGGUGCCCAUUAAGGUAGUUGAGAACACCCCCGAUGACCCGCGGCAGAGGAAGCCAGAUAUCACCAAGGCUAAGGAGUUGCUGGGUUGGGAACCGACGGUCACAUUACGCCAGGGCCUGCCGAUGAUGGAGGACGACUUCAGGCAGCGGUUGGCUGUGCCCAAGAAACAAAGCAGUUAAAAACAAUACCUCUUACCUUUAUCUUAGAACAUGCUUCCCUAUAUAAAGGGAAUUGAGCGGUUUUCUACAGGUAUUAUACGUAAAGAGCCCGGGAGCGGUAUCGAGGAAAUCAUUUGAAUAGUUUUUGUUAAUUUAUUUAUAACUGAGCUUGGUGUAGUAUCUUAUUUUGAAGAACGCUACUAUAUUUUGGAUGUCUGAGGAUAGCUGUAUGCUGGUAUAAUUGGGCUUAAUACGUAAGGUUUCCAGUUUGAAAUUCAA